AUGGAAGAUGAGAAUGCCUUUGCCAACUAUGUGAGAAUGCCACCCCACAUGUUUAAUGAGCUACUCAACAGGAUUAGCCCAGUCAUCCAGAGGAGGGACACCCACAUGAGACCAGCCCUAGAUGCUGGAAUGAAGCUAGCCAUGACCCUCAGAUGCCUGGCUACAGGAGACCGAUAUCACACCAUCCACUAUGACUUCCGAUGUGGCUACAUUACAGUGGUAUGGAUUGUGCAGGAAGUCUGUCAGGCCAUCAUACAGGAGCUGAAGGAUGAAGUCAUGCCACUGCCAAGGACCCAGGACAAAAGACGUCCGUACUCAACGGCAGUCAAGACCGACCUCCACAGGAGGACUGGAAGGCCAUCGGCCAGCAAGUUCCAAGACCGGUGGAAUGUUCCUCAUGCCCAGGGGGCCUUGGAUGGCAAGCACAUAGCCAUCAGGAAACCACACAACUCAGGCAGUGUUCUUCAAGUACAAAAACUUCUUCUCCGUGGUGCUGUUGGCCUGGUGGAUGCGGACUAUAAGUUUAUCUGGAUAGGCACAGGUUAA